AAAAUGGAUGCAUCCGUGGAUGAUUUGUUGUCGUUCAAAGAAUUUCCGCUGAUGAACGAAGCCAGCGGAAGCCAAAGUGCACAAAUCAACAUUAAUUCACCGCAGCGAUCGCACCCCAAGCUCGAUGAUCAGGAUGAGGACGAUGGAACACCAAAAGUAAACACCACAUCGAAGGGAGGUUCGAUUUUCAGCUUGGAGUACUACCAACACUUUUUCGACGUGGAUACAAUGAUUGUGGUGGAUCGCAUUGCCACAUCGAUGAUUCCCAAGCGCGCACCCGUCAAUUAUCUGAAGCUAAACAUUGCCACGAAUCCGGAUCUGUAUGGACCGGUCUGGAUCGUGCUAACACUGAUUUUCACAAUUGCCAUUUCCGGCAAUAUGGCGAGCUAUUUACAGAAUACGGGAAACCAUCAUUGGAGGUACAAUUUCCAUCUCGUGUCGUAUUCGGCCACCGCUAUCAUAACGUACGCCCUGCUGGUUCCCGGUGCACUCUGGGCAUUUCUCAAAUGGAGCACACACACGAACGAGAUGGCGAUCGAUGAUGAGGAAGACGAGCAGCAAGCGGUCGGUACGCCCAGUCUACUCUCAUUGGUCUGUGUGUAUGGGUACUCGCUCGCAAUCUACAUUCCGGUGUCCGUUCUCUGGACCAUUCAGGUAUCACUGUUCCAAUGGUUACUGGUCAUAACGGGCGCAUUUCUGUCCGGAUUUGCUCUGCUGAUGAUUCUGAUGCCGGCGCUAAAAAAGUCCAAGUACUCACUCUUGAUCGUGCUGGUCGUUGAGCUGGCCCAUUUCGCGCUGGCGGCAGGUUUUAUGCUUUACUUUUUCCACGCACCGGAUGUGGAAACUCCGGUGGAAGCACCGACGCACAAGGCCAUCACCAGCGUGGUAGUUAACACGACGAUGCAGAGUAAAACUGCAUAAAUUGAACGUCCUGAAAGUCCUAGGUCUCUUUUACGGUAUAAUAUAUUAUUCGGCUGUAUUCGCUAGAUAUGGUUUAAAUGUGCAGAAACAAAUGUUGCUUCAUUUAUUAUUUUCAAAAUAAAAAAGCACUUGGAUGA